AGAGGUGCAAAAAUUCCUGAGCCUCCUGAAGGCCACAAGUGGCAGAAAGUCAUUCAUGAUAAUAAGGUAAAAAUUUAUAAUGAUGACACUAAUGCAGGCAUCAAGUUCAGAUCAUUAUAGACUGCUUGCAGAGAAGUGAUACAGAAUGAAUUGAGUUGUGUUCACUCUGGGUUGUUAAGCAUUAAAAACUAAAAAGAGAAAAUUCUGUCACUGGUCAAAACGUUUCAAAACCUAGCUAACAUUGAUGUACAUGUGUUUUUAUGUAAAGGUAUCAUGGCUUGCUUGCUGGGUAGAGAAUAUUCAAGGAAGUUACAAGUAUGUCAUGUUAAAUCCCACGUCAAGAUUAAAGGUGAGACUGAACUGCAAUCCAUUAAGUUAUUUCUCUUUGAAUAGACUUGCUAUAGUAACUUAUAAUGAUUUGUUUGCAACUGUUUUCAGGGUGAAAAGGAUUGGCAGAAGUAUGAAACAGCAAGGAAAUUAAAGGUAGUGGUAUACCUCUUGAAAAUCUGGUACCUAACAAUGAGCUACCCCGCUUUCUGGUAGUCUAUGCAGUAGAGUGGUAAUUUAUCUAAUUUGUAAUUAUUCUCAUUCCAGAAAAAAAGACUUACAUUACUCCAUGUCACUAGAAUAAAGCUAUUGAUGUAGCAACACAGAUAAGCUGUAAGGCUAUGCCAUCUGUUGGGGGAUGCCACAAAAAUCAUAAUUUUGUUUGCGUUUCAGGACUGUGUUCAGAAAAUCAGAGAGGAUUAUGAAGAGGACUGGAAAUCCAAAGAAAUGAGACUGCGUCAGAGGUAAAUAGUACAUGUACUUCUGCUAUUAUGCAAACAUGUUGCAUAGCCCCUAGGGCUCAUUAUUCCAUGCCGUCUGUGCAUUUUGGGUCACAUGGUCACGUCUCCUGGCUGUUCAUCUUGCACAUGUCACCGAAAUGCACUGACUGAGAAGGUAUCCCUCUGGGAAGAUGCCAUACAGGGACCAGGCAAGCAUUUUCAGGACAGGCAGAAGCUACAGUAAGACUUUUUGAGAUGCUGGCCAAAAGCUACUCUAAAAAAAUUUAGUUAAAAUUGUAGUGGCAAGAUUCCCAACGCUUUGGUCCAUUUGGGGGUCAUGGAUUUGCUUGAAAUUUCUUGGAAGAACAUUUGAUCAAAGCAAUGUGAUGGUUAUCAUCUUUGCGUUGCAUCAGAUCUUUGUGUGUUAGAACUUGUGAUGAUGUUUAACUCAUUUUGAUUUUUGUACUUUUUCAGAGGUGUUGCCCUAUACUUCAUUGACAAGGUAAGGCAAAAUCCUGCUUAACAUCUAGCUUCCUAUGCAGAUUUUCUUAGGGAUCUGUGUGGGAGGGCUGGCUACAAGAACUCACCCUUACCUUAGCCAAUUUUUCUGAAAAAUGGCGACCUUUAUUUAGCAAAACCAUGUUAAGUUUGUCUUUGAGUAAUUUUUAUUAUUAUUAUUUUUUUGCUUAGUUGUUUUCAAUAAAUGGAAACCUCUCUAAUGAAAACUUAUUGUGAUUCCAAUUUUCAGCUUGCUCUUCGAGCUGGACACGAAAAAGAUGACGACACAGCCGACACUGUGGGCUGUUGUUCAUUGAGAUUCGAGCAUAUCAGUGAGUAGAAAUUGUGACCUCUUUGUACUGAAAUUGCGACCUUUUUUAGCAAUAGGCUUCUUACCCUAAAAUUUAGCUAGUGAUCUUGUGUUCUAGGCCAGCUUAAAGGCAGCCUCCACUGCUUGCUUUGUUAUGUGAAUCAUGUUGUUGCUAUGCUAACUAGUAUUUUUUAGGCAAAAUUUACAUUAGAAAAGGAAGGAUGUUUGUAUGAGAACAAGGUCAACCUCGCCCUCACGUUCACUCAAAGGCUAGGAUACUAUGCUCACAACUGUAAAAUGGCCUAUUGAUGGGAAUCAAUGUUAUUUUGUAUGCAACAAUGACAGUAAUUAAUUUUUACUUUUCCUUCUUUCAAUAAUUUAUUGGUAGAAAUCAAACGAUCGAAAAAAAGCUAAGUGGCUUGGUUUUCCUCCACUAACGUAAAAGUUUCUUGCUUUCAGUUUGGAAUAUUUGUUUGUAAAUUAUAGACACUUUUUAUCCCAUAUUUAUCACGUGACUUACUUUGUUGUGUAUAGAAUUGCAUGAUGAGUGGGAAGACAAGGAACAUGUAGUGGAGUUUGAUUUCCUUGGUAAAGACUCUGUUCGAUACUGGAACUUUGUCCCGGUAGAAAAAAAGGUAAGUGAAAUUUACUCUUCCCUUAGUUUUGGCAUUUGA